CAACACACUAUAAAACAUGGGCAUAAACGUAAAUAAGUAAAUGUAACCGACCAUGUGAGAGAUCUAGACAUAUAUAAAAACUUUUGACUUCUUCUUCAUGUUUGUAGUCCUCAAAAGUCUCUGAAACAGAAAAGAAAAUGGAAAAGAAACUUGGGAUUAUGUUCUUCCUUUUUGUAGUUCUUCUUAUUCUUCAGUUCUCUGAGCUUCGUACGGCUCAUCAACGUUCUUUGCAAGGGGAUAACGAAGAAGAAAAAGGAAACAAGAAUGAUAAUUGGGUUUGGGCUAAGGCUACACAAGCAGAUAAGGCUUCUGAGAUGGCCCAAGAAUUAUCCCAGCUGAUGGGUGAAGAGAAGUGUGAGGAGAGGGAUGAAGAGUGUACGAAGAGAAGGAUGAUCACUGAAUCUCACUUGGACUACAUCUACACUCAAAGCCACGACAAGCCUUAACCAUCCCCCACCCCACCUCUUUAUUUAUUUAUAUUUAUCAUUAUUAUUAUGUGAAACUUAAAAUAAAGUUUAGUCUGUAAACACGAGUAAAUCAAAAAUUAUAAAAUAAUAAGUAAUUUGUAUUGUGGCAGCAAUAUAUGUAUGCAGAAAAUAAAAAUAAAAGAUGUAUUUCCAUUU